AUAGAUUAAAUGUUCCAAAUUUCCUGCAAAGUAACAAUUAGAAGAAGUCCAUAAUCAAAAUACAAUCGAAGCCUGUGAUAGAAGUUGUUGAAUUCUGUUGGUGAAGUUAAAUAGUUAGUAUUUUUAUAGUUAUAUAUAUUAUUAUAAAUCUUUAAAAUGUCCUUUAACUUAGAAAGCCUACGUACCUUUGAUUCUGAAGGAAGACGGCGAAUGACUAUUUCUCCAAAUAACAGUGAACAGAAAAGUUUCAAUACGGAAAACAGACGUUUUUCUAAUUUAUCAACAAAUGGUACUGGUUUUAUCAAUAAAAAUGCAAAACAAAAUUCAGAGUUGGAAGAGAAUUCAUACAACAAAAACCGACUAUUUGAGGAACUAAAUCCAAUGUCGUUAGAUACAGUUAAAGAUUUGUUGCUUCACAGCUCUGAAGAUAUUUUACUAACUAUACUUAAUGAAGAAAAUGGAUUUACUCUCCUUUUACAAGGAAAUACUGAACGAGAUUUAAUGGCGCACGUAUUGCUCGUUAUAGAAAAAGCUUUAUCAUCUUGCAUGCAACGCUAUGUUCGUGCCUUGAUUCUUAAAAUAAAUACAUCAAAAAAGUUUUUGAGCAGUAUUCAUAAAUAUUUGGCGACAUUUCAUUCGAACUCUUCUCAACAGUAUCAUUUUGAUUCUCUUAUCAGCUUAACCAAAUUACUGUCCAAACUCCAAAUGCAAUUUUCGUCAUCUUCAUCUGAUUUUUUACUAAUGCUGCUGCCCCAGUUGAGAAAAACUUGCGAUGAGUUUCUCGUCCACUCUGAUUCCUAUACUGCAAACAAAAAUACCCUUGAUGACAUUAUUCUCCAAAAUGAAAUAUUUCUGCAGAACUUCACGCCUACUCAAACAAAAACUUUGUCCGAAAACGAAAAAAUGCAACUUCAAGAGCCACCGGAAAACUACCGCUCUAUUCCCAUUUUACCAAAUGCUGCCAACUUGCAAGAUUUUGUUUUUCUCCGCCCAAAUAUUAUUUCAGGCUGUUAUCAAGACACUGAACAUUAUCUCGAUGUGCAAUUUCGUCUCUUGAGAGAAGAUUACCUUAAGCCUUUGCGGGAUGGUAUUGCAGAGUUUAAGGAAUUGAAAAAAGCAGGAAAGCCGUUAAAAAACUGCAAAAAUGUCACUGUGUACGAAGACGUUCGCAUAAUUUCUCAGCAGCUCGUCAGAGCUGGCCUCAUUCACAUAGCGUUGUUUUCUGAUGCAAAUUUCGCCGAUAUAAAGUGGGAAUAUAGCAAGCGUUUCCUUACAGGCUCUUUGCUAUGCUUGACUGAUGAUGAUUUUGAGACAAUACUUUUUGCUACUGUUGCUGAAAGAAAUGUGAGCAAGUUGCAAGAGGGUAAACUUAUAUUGCGCUUCGAAGAAUUAACCGAUGAAAUUUUGAAUUUGCAUCCUCAAAGAAGCUUCAUCGUGCUUGAAACAACAGCUUAUUUUGAAGCCUAUCGCUACAACCUCAAAGCCUUGUCUGAACUUAAUGAAGCUAAACUACCAUUGCAAAACUACAUCGUGAAAAUGAAGAAAGAUGUUUCUGUACCUAUGUACUUAAAUGAAAAUACGAUUUACGACUUUCGACCUUUACUAUUGCCUUUGGAAAAGAAAUAUAUUGAAGAAACGUCUUCACAACCCGCCUCUUACAAUUUUCCACCGGAAGUUGAGGCAGAUUUAAGUGUCCAAAGCGUAUCCGUCUUAAAGGAUAGUUCUUGGCCAUCACAUACAACGUUAAACCUAGAUGCUUCACAAUUUGCUGCUUUGAAGUCGGCUGUUACUAAAGAAUUCGCAAUCAUUCAAGGGCCACCUGGAACUGGCAAGACAUAUAUUGGUUUAAGAAUCGUGCAGUUAAUUUUGUAUAACAUAAAUAAAAAUGCAUUAAGCGUUGAAAAAACUCCAAUUUUAAUUGUGUGCUACACUAACCAUGCCUUGGAUCAAUUUCUUGAAGGAGUAUCACUAUUUACGCAAAAAAUUGUUCGCAUCGGGGGUCGAUGCCAAACGGAAGCCUUAGAAAAGUUUCAAUUAUCUAACUUAAAACAAAGUUAUAACUACCACUGGAGUAUUCCUGAAUCAAUCUCUGAAAAUUUAAGAGAAAAACAAUCCCAACUCUAUGAGUUGAGGAAAGAUAUUGACUCAAAAAGGGAAUUUCUAGAAAAUUCAAAUCGAACGGUCUUCAGAUUUGCGGAUCUAAGAGACUGCAUACCGAUUGGCCAUCUGAUAUCUUUAAACAGACGUAGAACUUCGCUCAAAAACGAUGUUUUAUACGAAUGGCUCAGCUUAUCUGAAAACGCUGUCCACAACUUGGAUUAUGAAUAUUUUGGGAACAGAAAUGAUUUACCUGAUAGCGAUGAGGAAAAUGAUGAAAAAUGUUUCGAUAAUUUUCAGGUGUAUUCCAUUGAACUCAGCAAUAUUCCUUUGAGUAGUAGUAAAAAUAGAAUUGCUAUAGCAAAAAGUAAAGUUUUGCUAGAUGGAGCAACAUGCAAACAAACCAUCUAUGACCUUAUAUUAAAUAUUUUAAAAUAUUGCACUCCUUUGCUUGAUCGUGAUGCAGAACGCAUUAGAAAUGUUGCUGUAAUAGAUGAUUUUACAAGAUGGAAGCUUUAUAAGUAUUGGGUUUCAAUAUUUAUAAGAAAACAUAGAGAAGAAUGCGAUUCCCUUCAGAAUGAACUGUCAAUCAAACAAGAACAAAUGGAACGAAGAGUUUCGAAUCGAUUAUCAUUCCGUUAUGAAGAUAAUGUGGCACGUUUAAAAAAAGAAAUUUCUCAUAAAAAUAAUCUAUUGAAAAAUUGUUUGAAAACUGUAUUGAGUGAAGAUAUGGUAGAAAAUUUUAUUUCUCCGCAACAACUUGUGUCUUUAAGAAAAUUUGGCAGAAACUGCCAAGAAAAAAAUCAAGCCAUAUUUAAUUGGUUAAAAUUGAAACCAAGAAACAAAAAUAGCUUGGAAGAUCGCUGCUAUGUCGUUGAAAAACUGCAGGAAGUUGCUGAUCAUUUUAAAAAGGAAUUUGAAUUGACUUUUUCAGAUAGUAUGCGAUACCAUCGUAAUAAGUUCGAUAUAACUGAUGCAGAUGACAUAGAUUAUAUAGAAGCGCAGAGGUACAAUGUCUCUGAUGAAUUUGGGGACGUUUCAUUUAACUUUUCAACGCAACAAAACAGAACUACAAAAACUGAAUCUAUUGAUUCAGAAUGGAAAACACCAGGGGGCAAACGGAAAUUAAAAAAGUACAUUAAAAGAAAUCUUUACAACAAAGAAAAAAUGUCAGAAGCAGAAGCAAUGGCAGUGAAGCAUGUCUGGAGUCUACCCAUUGAUAAAAAGUGGCAACUCUAUAAAUUCUGGUUGGAUUUGUUUCAUGAAAAAAAGCAAUCUGAAAUUUUAGAAAUGCAACGAAAGUUUCGGGAGCUUUAUGAAGAAUUGAAUGAACUGAAAUCGUUGGAAGAUGCCUAUUUGUGCAAAGAGGCAGACAUUAUUGGCAUAACAACCACUGGAGCAGCAAAAUAUAAGCAUAUAAUUGAAAUUUUAAAUCCAAUGAUCGUUAUCGUUGAAGAAGCAGCUGAGUUAUUGGAAAGUCACGUUGUUACUUCUCUUGCACAAAAUACCCAGCAUGUUAUUUUAAUUGGAGAUCAUCAACAGCUAAGACCUAGUCCCACUGUUCAUUUGCUGUCUGUAAAAUACCACUUAAACGUGUCACUGUUUGAAAGAAUGGUAAAAAAUGGUAUGGAAUGCCUACAACUCAAAAUGCAACACCGGAUGAGACCUGAUGUAGCUAGACUACUUGUGCCACAUAUUUAUAAGGAUUUAGAGAAUCACGAAUCAGUCUCAGCGUAUGAAGACAUUAAGGGACUGGCAAAAAAUAUUUUUUUCUUGUCGCACAAUAAUCUUGAGUUCCAAGAAGGUGACUCUAAAAGUAAAGUCAAUCAGUAUGAGGCUACAUUUAUAGUUAAACUAUGCAAAUAUCUUCUUUUUCAAAACUAUGAACCUUCUCAGAUAACAAUUCUUACAACUUAUUCGGGCCAGUUAUUUGAAAUUAAAAGAUUGGCGAAAGGAAUCCUUGAUGGGGUUAGAAUAACAGUUGUCGAUAAUUUUCAAGGCGAGGAAAAUGAUAUCGUACUUGUAUCUUUUGUACGAAGCAAUGACGAAGGGGAAAUUGGCUUUUUGAAAGUUUCGAACCGAAUUUGUGUCGCAUUAUCCAGAGCUAAGAAAGGCCUUUAUUGUAUUGGUAACUUUAAGGCUUUAGCGGAAAAUAGUGCAGUUUGGAAAAAUAUAACUAAUGCUUUGGCAGAAACUGAUAGUAUUGGGGAUUCUCUUGAACUUAAAUGUCAAAAUCAUAUAAACACAAGUAGUUUUGUUGCGAAUGAAAGCGAUUUUGAUUGUGUGAAAGACGGAGGUUGCAAUUUAUAUUGUGAAUAUCGACUCGAAUGUGGUCAUGCUUGUCCCAGGAAAUGCCAUCCAUAUGACCAAGAACAUUCUGAAGUUACUUGCUAUAAAUCUUGUGGGAAAUUAUGCCCUGAAGGCCACCCAUGUCAAAAGAAAUGUUUCGAGGGGUGUGGUCAGUGUACUGUUCCUAUAUUGACUAAAAUCGAAAAAUGUGGUCAUGAAAUAAAUGUUGCAUGUUAUCUUAAAGAUAGUAACCAGAUACUGUGUACUGAAAACUGCGUGAAAGUUUUACCAUGUGGCCAUGAAAUAAAUAUUGCUUGCCAUGUGGCCAUGAAACAUAUAAUUUGUACUGAAACAUUUACUAAAAUUCUUUCUUGUGGUCACGAGAUAAGUAUAGAAUGUCGCCUCAAGGACACAUUUAUACAAUGUAGUACAAAUUGCCAACGAACACUUCAAUGCGGUCAUAAAAUUAACGUACCGUGCUAUGCUAGAGACGAAGAAAUAAAUUGUGAUGAAAUUUGCAUCAAAAAGUUACCUUGUGGUCAUGAAAUAUCUAUUGAAUGUUAUAGUGAUGUUAAGAAAAUUGAUUGCUUGAAAAUGUGUGAAAAACUGUUACCUUGUGGUCAUGAUUGUUCGAACUUAUGCUGUGAAGAGUGCACAGAUAAAUGCGAUAAACUAUGUAUUAUUCAUUCUAGUAUUUGCGAUCAUUAUGUUACAGAUAAAUGCUCUUGGAGGAAUGAUGCUGAAUAUCUUUUAAGCAAGUGCGCAGUAACUUGCAAUGAAAGAUUAAGUUGCUUACAUACUUGUAAAGGAACUUGCAGUAGUUGUCAUCAAGGUCGCUUACACACAGAAUGCAAUCAAAACUGUAGAAGAAUCUUAAUUUGUGGUCACGAAUGUGAGUCUGUGUGUUCUAAAAGUUGUCCACCUUGUAAAAAGCUUUGUGAAAAUUGGUGCGAUCACGCUAGGUGUCUUAAAAAAUGCUCCGAAUCGUGUGAUAUAUGCAUUGAGCCAUGUCAGUGGGUUUGUGAUCAUAAAAAAUGCUCACGUUUGUGUGGCGAAUUGUGUGACCGCACAGCUUGUGAAGAAGAUUGUCCAAAAAUGUUAGAAUGUGGCCACGCCUGUUUAGGUUUCUGCGGAGAACCAUGUCCUAAAUUAUGUAAAAUUUGUGAUCCAUUUAAUGAAGCAUUCAUCAAAACCGGGAGUAAUACUAAUGAGAAAUUUAUCUUAUUGGAGGAUUGUAACCACACGUUUCCUUCUAGCUAUUUUAAUCCACCUGUAAUCGAAGAAACAAUCUUUCAACAUACUCAGAUGAAAAGAUGUCCCACAUGUAAAACACUUAUAAGAAAAAAUUUUCAUUUAGGAAGCAGUGUUAAAAUUUGUAUUAGAAAUGUGGCAAAUAUAAAAUUCAAUAUUAAGUUACAGGAGGAAAAAGUCAAAAAUUUGUGUCUUGAUGUCAAAAGCAGAGCUGUUGAACAUUUAGAAAAUGCCACCUUUAAAUUUAGUCGCGUUUUUUAUAAGCAAUUGCUUGAAUGUGUUGAUGAAGUUAGCAAAAAUAGAACUGCGCAAGAAAUUUUGAGGAUGAAACACUUUAUGGAAAUGCUUUCAAAAUUUGAGAAUUCAAUCGGGCUUAAUUACAAAAUGUUCUCCAGAACAACCUAUGGAUCUAUUGGCAAUAAAUUAAAAUUCUACUUGAUAAAUGCUAUGUUUUGGAUUUCUACCAUUUUUCUUGAUGAUUAUUUAACGGCCUCUGAAGAGAAAAUGUAUGAAUUAAAAUGGGAACUGUUUCGUGUGCAAUUAGGUUUAGAAUUCCUAGCAUUUUUCGUGGAUCAGGUUAGAGGUAAGCUUCUUAUCCCUGAAAAUAAAAUUGAAAAUUGGAACAAUCUUAAAAGUCAAAUCAUGACUUAUAAGGCUUUCAGGGAGCCAGAGUUAUCGCUCUGUGCUGCCGAGUGGAAUGUUUUAACAGAUGGUGCAAGAAGUAUUAAUCCGGUAAAACAUUUCUAUACCCACAUUAUAAACCACUCCACGUUUCGUUGGCGAAAGUGUAUUGCAGGACACUUGUAUUUUGCUGAACAUGACGAAGAAAAUGUCUGUACUGAAUGCGAGGAAGGUUGAAUGGGCAAAACAUGUUUUGACAAUUUGAUAUGUUAUGUGAAGCUAAUAUUAUGUGUGUUGUAAUAAUUUUAUUAAUUCAAAUAAUUAUGCUUUUAAGCAUGUUGUAAUAAUUUUAAUAAUUCAUAUAAUUAUGCAUGAAACUUUUUUAUAUUUUUGAAUAAUUGGAAAGUGUUUAUACCCCUAAUUACAAACAACUUUUAACAACAAAUAUUGGAUAACAAUAAUAUGCAGGAUGAAUUGGAAUAUCGCAAUUGAAUGAUGAUUUGAUUGUAGCAAAACGUAAGGAGAUGGGAACAGCCUUCUGCUAAGGAAACGAGAUUUUAUUAUCUCUAAAUUUCAAAAUUCGUUAUUAAGUUUGUCAACAGGUGGCGUUGGUCACUGGUAGUAAUAAUAAACAAUGUUUUCGAAGUAUUCACAAUUUGCAACUAUAACAUAAUGGCGUUGUUUGAGGACAAAAGUUUGUGAAAAUAUUUCAAUCUAAAUGGUUUGACAUUCAGCAGAAAACACUGCUUUAUAAUUUUUCUAAUCAGAUGACGAACUUAGUAACCAAUUCUGAAAAAAAAUAAAUAAAUGAAAAAUCAUAUUCUAUAAAAAUUUUUAUGUUAUUAAUAAUUAUUAAUUUCAUAUGUUAUGUUAAUUUGACUUGAUUAAUUUGAUGAGCACUGAAGAAAAAAACAGUGAGUAAAAGUGUUAUUAGUUUACGCAUUAAGUUUUUAUUUCUUUUUGUUUCAUCUUCUAAUAAACAAUAAAUAUUAGUUAGUUGUAGCAUUAAAUUAGAAAUUGUAACCUUAGCAUCCAUUUCAUGAAUCAGGAUAGACUGAAAGUGACAUGUAACAAGAAUUAUUCAUAAAUAUUUUGAAAAAACAACAACAAUAACAGUCUCAUCAAACUUUAAUUUUUUAUUUACCGUACUUCUAUUUAUUCACAUUUAUCUUAGUUAUUUAAUAAAAUGUUUUUAAAAAUCAUUAAGGAAAAAAAAUUUUAAGAAAAUGUUAUAAAAUAUUUUUGAAUAUAGAAAUGUCACAUGACAAUUUUUUGCUUUUUGAAAGUGUGCAUUUGUGUUUAUUGUUUUCUAAUUAUCAAUACAAAUCCUGCAACUAUCAACAAAAUUCGAUCGCAUCAAAUACCUAUAAUUCCUCAUCAAUUUUUUUCUCUUUAUUUUUAAUAAUUGGUUUUAGUUUCGCUUAAUAAAAUUCUUGGACAUAAACUGAUGCGAAAAAUAGAAAAAGGAAACUAAUCUUUCCCCAUAUUUAUUAUGUAUGAAUAUUAAAUAGGCAUUUGUUAUAACAUUAUAAUAGGCAUUUGUUAUUAUUUCAUUUAAUAAUCCUAUUUUAUUGAAGCCUUUUUUGGUGUAAUGAUUAUUCAUUUCAAAUGAAUGACACAUUUUGUAAUGCCAAAUGAUCUUUCAGCUGAAUUAUUUGUAAUAAAUCUUUUGAACCAUU